UUGCACUGAAGUUUUCAAUGGCCUCUGGAAUUAAAAUCUCUACCUCCCAUCCCACCACUUCCAGUCUGUCUUUUCUGCUUAGUUUUUUCUCCUUAACAUUUAUCACUGACGUAGUAUAUGUUUUCCUAAUUUAUCUCAUUCAAUUGUUUCCCACAUGGGGCAGGGAUUUGACUUUCUGUUCCAGUGCCUAGAAGAGCGCCGGGCACUCGGCCUUGUGCAGUAGCAUUUCUUGAGUGAUCGAGUGAGUGAGUGAACAGGUGACUGUCCACUGUUCUCUCUCCUCUCCUGCUGUUGAGGGGCAAAGUGGGUUCCAGGGCUCUGUGCCUCCUGCUGCAGGUGGCGUUGGGUAAGCUCCUACAGAGCACCUGAAAUCUAAAUGGGAGAAAAAUCAGCAAGAAAAAACACUUUUGGUCUCACUUUUGAUGCAGGAACAACUUUUUAUUUUUGUCCUUUCAUGGAGAAAUGCCAGAAACCCCCUAGGUGGCCUGAGAAGCACCGAUGACUGGUGGCACUGGAGCCUGACCACGCUGCUGGAUGGCUUGUACCUGCAGGGCUCCUCGACGGCUCAGCCUGGAGCUCUUGGAGGAAAAUGCUACCUAAUAGGCAGUGCAGUAAUCAAGCAGCUAAAAGUCUCUCCUGGCAGUUCAUGCAAGCCUCCCAGGCCAUUUUCAGCAUCCAUUGAAGACCCUCUUUCCACACGUAGCCCCGAAGUUGGAGGCCCUGAGAACCCCUACAUGAUAGACACGGAGAACCAAAACAUGACCCCGAGUGGUCUAGGGGGCUGCAGGGCAAGGGGGGAUUGUGUGCUUAGCCUGGGCAGAACAAGGACCGAAGCCCACACGGCCCUGACCGGCCUCAGGGCCAGCAAGUGGAUUGACUGCAGCACCAGGGCCAUGUCUGUGCACUUCAGCCUCUACAACGCUCCCACCCGCCUCUUCACGAGUGUGUCCUUGAGGGUGGACAUUCUCCCCACGGGGGGUCUCGUCCCCUCAUCUCUGGUGGAGUCAUUCAGCGUCUUCCGCAGCCACACAGCCUGUUGGUACCACCUCGUACUUCCCGAGCUGCUCCUCCUGGUGCUCAGCCUGCGUCACCUGUGUUUUCAGCUCUACCGGAUGAUGGAGAAGGGUGUGCAGAGCUAUUGGCGAAAACCGAGAAAUUGGCUGGAGCUGUCGGUGGCUGGAGUGAGCCUCGCCCACCACGCAGCCUCCGGCCAUCUGGCCACUCUUGCUGUGGAUGUUGUUGACCAGUUCCACAGAGGACUGUCUCAUGUGUUUAUGGAUCUCAGCCUUAUGGCAUCAUGGAAUCAGACCUCCCUGGACCUCACUUUCCCACCAACUCGAGGGCGGUCAGGGCCCCAGGGCCACCCUAUAGCUUGGAGUUCUCCCUCAGCCUCAGGCCUCAUCAUCUAG